AAAUGCGAGGGAAGGACAAGUGGGGAAAGCCAAUCCGCCGCGACAAGGGCUGCGGGCGGUUCAAUGGCGAGUCGCCGGGGGCGGGGCCAGAGGCCGGCGGAGAAGGAGGACCCGGGAGUCGGCGGCCCCGUGCUGGGAGUGCGGGGAAGGCGGUUGGGGUUCUGAAAGCUGCGCGCGAUCCUGCUCUCUCUCAGCUGCCUGUGGACAUGCGCAAAGGGCCCGCUCCUGAGUCCAGAUGAUGCUCAUGCCAAUGGCUUCAGUGAUGGCAGUGACUGAACCGAAAUGGGUCUCGGUCUGGGGCCGCUUCUUCUGGGUGACGCUGCUGAGCAUGGUGCUGGGGUCCCUGCUGGCCCUGUUGCUGCCCCUGGGGGCUGUGGAGGAGCAGUGCUUGGCUGUGCUCAAAGGCCUCUACCUGCUCAGGAGCAAACCGGACAGGGCGCAGCAUGCUGCCACCAAGUGCACCAGCCCGUCCACGGAGCUCAGCAUCACCUCCAGGGGCGUGACACUGCUGGUGGCCAAGACCAAGGCCUCUCCAGCAGGUAAGUUGGAAGCCAGAGCCGCCCUGAACCAGGCCCUGGAGAUGAAGCGCCAGGGCAAGCGGGAAAAAGCCCAAAAGCUCUUCAUGCACGCCCUCAAGAUGGACCCGGACUUCGUGGACGCACUCACCGAGUUCGGCAUCUUCUCGGAAGAAGACAAGGACAUCAUCCAGGCGGACUACUUGUACACCAGAGCAUUGACCAUCUCACCCUACCAUGAGAAAGCACUGGUCAACCGCGAUCGGACACUGCCGCUCGUGGAGGAGAUCGACCAGAGGUAUUUCAGCAUCAUCGACAGCAAAGUGAAGAAGGUCAUGUCCAUCCCCAAGGGGAACUCGGCUCUGCGCAGGGUCAUGGAGGAGACCUACUACCAUCACAUCUACCACACAGUGGCCAUUGAGGGCAACACCCUCACCCUCUCGGAAAUCAGGCACAUCCUGGAGACCCGCUAUGCCGUGCCCGGGAAGAGCCUGGAGGAGCAGAACGAGGUCAUCGGCAUGCACGCGGCCAUGAAGUACAUCAACACGACUCUGGUUUCGCGCAUCGGCUCCGUCACCAUCAGCGAUGUGCUGGAGAUCCACAGGCGGGUGCUGGGCUACGUGGAUCCCGUGGAAGCCGGCAGGUUUCGGACAACACAGGUCCUGGUCGGACACCACAUCCCUCCCCAUCCGCAGGAUGUGGAAAAGCAGAUGCAGGAGUUUGUACAGUGGCUCAACUCCGAGGAUGCCAUGAACCUGCACCCAGUGGAGUUUGCAGCCUUAGCCCAUUAUAAACUCGUUUACAUCCACCCUUUCAUUGAUGGCAACGGGAGGACCUCCCGUCUGCUCAUGAACCUCAUCCUCAUGCAGGCGGGCUACCCGCCCAUCACCAUCCGCAAGGAGCAGCGGUCCGAGUACUACCACGUGUUGGAAGCUGCCAACGAGGGCGACGUGAGGCCUUUCAUUCGCUUCAUCGCCAAGUGUACUGAGACCACCCUGGACACCCUGCUUUUUGCCACAACUGAGUACUCGGUGGCACUGCCAGAAGCCCAACCCAACCACUCUGGGUUCAAGGAGACGCUUCCUGUGAAGCCCUAACCCUAGAAAUCCUCCCUCAGUGACACAGGCUGUCCUGAGGUAGGAAAAAAAAAAAGAAACAGCAUUUCUAGAAACCUAGUCACUUCCUAAAGCAAAAGGAGAAACAUUCUUUACCUCCAAAUGUUUUAGUUUAAAAAAAAAAAAAAAAAAAAACUAAGUUAUGAAGCCUUGUCUCUAAAAUAACUUAUAAUUCAACCAAGCUAUUUAUUUUCUUCUUUGGAGCAAGCUAGUCAGUGUUGUGUGGUGUCUGCUGUGUCUUGCUGGUGGCCGCGCUUUAGGGGCAACAGUGCCACCGUGUGACCAGAACACACGGUGUUCUGGAGCAGAAUUUGCACUAAGGUGGAGGAGCGGCCAGGAGGUGUGGGAUAGGGCCCAGAGCCACUGACAUAACUCCUCCAAGUGCUUCUCUGAAACAGGCUGAGAGGUUCUGUGACUGCAACUGGGAAGUCAGACCCAAGUCGCAGCUGAGAGAAAUGGUUGAAAGCUCACUUUCUCAAGGUUUAGAUUAGUGGUGACUAACUUCCAAGCAAACUUCAUAGAAGAGAAAAUGAAUGCCGACAUUCCUUACCUCCAGGAAGACUUUUUGAGCCAUAGUUUGCAAACUUUAGUGCCAGCGGCUGUUUUUUUUUUUCCCAUAUUGAGACUAUUUUUCUAAUUAAGAAUCGGGGGUAGCCAUAAAAAGCUGUAUGUUAGAGGGGGAAACAUGGCAGGUGGGCAGUUUGGUUUUGUGUAUCGGCGUUUCUCUCACACUUCAUUUGUAGCAAUUCAGGCCAGAUGUUUUCGUCUAAAAUUCUCUAGGCUUGUCAUUCCACCUGUAUCGUGCUGCAAACCAGGUGUUAUGCUAGUAGGCAUCUGCCCUCACCCCUCUGCCUGAGUUUUCUGUAGGCAGAUGUUAACCUGAGAAAACAAGUGCCACGUGGACACCAAGUAAGCAUUUUUGAUAAUGAAUUAGAGCACCAGUUUCUACUGAACGGAGCAAAAACCUUCAGCCAUGGCCAGGCUGCAUGCCUUUGGUCCUGGAGUUUCAUCUACUUACUGCCUGGACCCCCUUUCCACAGCCUUUGCACUGUCCCAUGUCCCAUCCCCCUGGGUAGGCAGAAGAGAUUGCCUCGGAGUGGCCUUAUUUUUCUCGCAACUUGUGAAAUGAUGCAGUGCUAUAUGUAAUAUGGCUGAGUUUCCAAGCUGUCAUCCAAUGGAAGUAGAAUCUUCUCUUUCAAUCAUAUGGCACAGGUGCCAAUAUGACUGCUGCUAUUUAGAGUCAGAGUGGUGGAAGUCACUGGGUCCCUUUCCCAGUGACAGAGCCCAUGAUGUCUAACACUGUACUGCACUUUGUCAGUGUGUGAGUGACGGUGAAUACACAGUGCUGUCUCUUUGAUUUGGUAAUUCCAUUCCUGACAGUAAUGAGGCCACUGCUCUAAAGUAGUUUAUACAGUUCUUCAGUUGUAUAAAUAGCACAGAGUAGUUUUUGAAAGGUUAAGAAAAAUAAGUGAAAAGAUAUAUACGAUAUAUGAAAUGGCUCCAAAUGAUAAUUAUUCAAACCUUUAUAAAAUAUGUUUUCAUACUCUUACGCUGCCAGAGGUACUUCUUAAAACUCUUCUCGUCUUGGUUUUAUAAGCACACCAAGGAGGUCUGACAGAUGUGCUUGCUUCUACUAUAGAGCAAGAGAAUUUGCACUUUAGCUAUAUGUGAAGGAUAUUAUUUUAACAAGUUCCUGAUUCUAAUAAAGUUAUUUUAUUACAUGAA